AUGUUGUUGUUAUGUCAGGUGUCUUUAAGGGCGUUUCUGACAACUCAGAGAUAUUGCAGCUUGGAGAGCGAAAUAUAUUUUAAUGCUGCGCAACAAUCGUCGGAAGAAAAUCGACCAGUCAUCUAUCUCGACGAAACAUCUGUACACGCUUCAUAUCCCCUCCAAAAAUGUUGGCAGUCGGUGAAAGAGCCGGGUGUUUUAGCUUCUGAUAGCGUCGGUGCAAGGUGGAUUAUAGCCCAUGCCGGAAGCAAAUCUGGGUUUGUUGAAAAUGGAUUGCUUCUAUUUAAAUCCAAAUCCAAAUCAAACGAUUAUCAUGAUGACAUGAACUCUGUAAACUUUACGCUUUGGAUGAAAGAAAAAAUUGUUCCAUGUUUACCAUUGACUAGCAUUGUAGUGAUGGAUAAUGCGUCAUACCACAGUACGCAAAUUAAUAAGACCCCUACAAUGGGCAAUACAAAAGCAGAACUCAAAGAGUGGCUUAUGAAAAAUGGUAUUGAAGUCGAUGAUUGUUGGACAAAACCGCAAUUAUACGACAUCAUCAAAAGGUACAAAGGAGAGCCACAGUAUGAAGUGAAACAAUUAUUAAAUGAACAUAGACAUAAGGUUCUGCGGUUACCUCCUUACCCCUGCGACCUAAACGCUAUUGAAAAAAAUUGGGCUAUCGUGAAGAGGAGCAUUGCAGAAAAAAAUGUUUCUCAAGCUCUCAAAAAUAGAAGAUACAUAUUACGAUUCAGACAGGCUUUUAGAUAUAGAAAUGGA